AAACUUUGACAUUUCACCAAACAACUUCUACCGAGCAGCUGCUGCAGGAACGCUGUUUUUGUGCAGAAUAAACAAGUGUUGUUCGCGGCAACGAAUCUCGAUAAAAAUGAGCCGACCGUCUAAAAGUAUUCUCCUUGAUGGAUGCGGACUGGAAAAGAGUCUGAAAAUAGUGAAGAAUGAAGCUGAGGAGGAGCUGGAGAACUUUCUGGCCCCGGUUGCGGAACUAGCGGAAGACAUCAGUAGCGGGCGGUCUAAAGUUAUUAAACCGACUCCAGGCUUCUGCAUCAAAGCGUACAAAAAGGAUACGAAGGAAAAGUUUUUCAUCAACCUCUGCCAAACGGAUAGCAUUCCGCCGCCGCGCGACAUCACCGAGGACGAGCUGAUCCGCACCCUGAACGAUGGCGAUCCGAACUCAUUCCGCAUACCGAUGAGCAUUACCGUGCCGCGCCCAACCAUGGACAAAUCCAACCAAGGCUGCCAGGUGUGUGACAUUGCGAUCAGCACGAAGUUUUACGCGAAAAUUGCUUCCGGUGGGUUGCUGCGCGAGUUCCUGAUCAGCGUGCUGUUCGAUGGGCUAGAAAACAAGUACAACAUUGCGCUGGACGAAACGAACUUUCGCGUGCUGAAGAACAAAAAGGUCGUCGACCGGUUGAUCUCGCACAACAUCCAGAACCGGGAUGUGAAGCAGGUGAUCGAAAGCUACCCGCACCAGUCGGCCGAAGAUCAGGCCCUGCUGACCGAGCUCGAUAAUCCGCGGCCGCUAGCUAAGCAGGCCGGCAGGAAACCACUGAUCGAAGAGAUCGACGCCGGCACGGUGAAAACGGUCAAGAACGAAACGAACAGCUCGCGCACGGUGGUACCGUUGGCGGAACCGGAACCGUACGUGCCCGAUCCGACAAAGCUGGCCAUCUCGCAGGCCGCUACAAAGAAGCCGGAAAGUAAGCUGUUCCGUGAACCGGCGGCCGGACGGGCGAAACAGUUGAUUGGCGAGUUUCAUCUGCCGGAUUGUGUAAGUCUUUGCCAGCGAUCCGGGACGUGGGCUUUGGUUGUUACUCUGCUAUCUUGCUUUCUUUUACGAACAGAUUUCUUCGAGCGAAAUCACGCUAGACGUUGGGGAGGAUCGCAUUUUGUUGGAAGCGCGCAAGAAAGGCUAUCUGCUGGACGUGUUCGUGGACUACCGAAUCGACGAAAGCAAGGUGGAGGCCCGGUUCGAUACCACCACAAAGAUACUUCAAGUAACGAUGCCGGUUUUGGCUGCUUAAACCGGGCGACGUGUGGUGUAAAUGAGUGUUCCUUUUGUUAAGCUACUUUAAACUAGUUACACAGGUUUUAGCGGUUUUCUUUGAGAAUUUCUUUUCAAAUAGUAUUGCUUAAAAACAAAACAAAUGCCCCAAGUCAGUGUGUCUGAUUUCGGUUAUAA